AUGGAUUCCAAAAAUUUAAAACUAAACAGGGAUAAGUUACCUCCAGUAACAACCAACGUUUCCAGCACUGCAACCUACUUGAUAGUUUAUGCAACUGGUGAUAAACCACUGUCAAAAUGCUUACCAUUUCUUAUUCAAAAAAUAUUUGAAUCAACCAUUGGGCACUUGAAAAAGAUACAAAAAUUGAGGUCGGGACCUGCUGAUAGAAACAGCCUUACCUCAACAAACAGUAAAUCUAUUGGCAACAAAAACACUUGGAGAGAUGGAAGUCUAAACUCGUCAUGUGGGGUGAUAUCCAAGAUUGAUCUUAUGUCUGAAGACGAAUCAGAUAUACAGAUUGGUCUUUCAGAUCAAGGAGUCAUUGCCGUCCGACGCAUCUCCAUUCGUCGAGAUGGCAAGUUGAUACCAACUAAACAUCUCAUUCUUACUUUCGGAAAGCCAACAUUACCAUCAUUUGUUACUGCAGAAUAUCUGCGCUGUCCGAUUCGUCCGUACAUUCCAAAUCCGCUGCAUUGCUUUAAAUGCCAGCGAUUUGGACAUUCCCAAACAUCAUGUCGAGGCAAAAGUUAA